CAUCAGACCGUGACUGUAUCCUCCCAGCAGCUGCGCUGUGAGAGCCGCCAGGCGCUUCUCCUGUCACGGUCAUCCUUUCUGUACACCCCUUCAAACAAUGUUAUCUAUAUUCCACACGGCUAAAAACCAUCCAUUGACCGCUGAAUUCAAAGCUUUGUAUUGACUCCACCAUCUACAGGUUUGCCAUGGCGACGGUGGUGAUGGAGCAGAUCGGUCGCCUGUUCAUCAACGCGCAGCAGCUGCGUCAGAUCCCUCAGCUGCUGGAGUCGGCCUUCCCCACGCUGCCGUGCACCGUCAAGGUGUCCGACGUGCCCUGUGUGUUCCGCGAGCGCCACAUCCUCACCGGCUACCGCCAGCCGGACCAAAGCUGGCGCUACUACUUCCUCACCCUCUUCCAAAGGCACAACGAAUCCCUCAACGUGUGGACCCACAUGCUGGCCGCCCUCAUCAUCCUGGUCAAGUGGCAGGAGAUCUCCGAGACGGUGGACUUUUUGCGAGACCCUCACGCUCAGCCCCUCUUCAUCAUCCUCCUGUCGUCCUUCACCUACCUCUCCUUCAGCGCGCUCGCUCACCUCCUCUCCGCCAAGUCCGAGCUCUCCUACUACAGCUUCUACUUCCUCGACUACGUGGGCGUGGCCGUGUACCAGUAUGGCAGCGCCCUGGCGCACUACUACUACGCCAUAGAGAAGGAGUGGCACACCAAAGUGCAAGGAGUCUUUUUGCCCGCCGCAGCGUUUCUGGCCUGGCUCACCUGCUUCGGCUGCUGCUACGGCAAGUAUGCGAGCCCCGACAUGCCCAAGUUCGCCAUCAAGCUGUGCCAAGUGGUGCCGUCGGCCCUGGCUUACUGUUUAGACAUAAGCCCCGUGGUUCACCGUAUCUACACCUGCUACCAGGAGGGCUGCUCCGACCCGGUCGUGGCAUACCAUUUCUACCACGUGGUCUUUUUCCUAAUCAGCGCCUAUUUCUUCUGCUGCCCGCACCCGGAGAGCUUGUUCCCUGGCAUGUGUGACUUCAUCGGGCAGGGCCACCAGAUCUUUCACAUAUUCGUGGUGGUGUGCACCCUGAUGCAGAUCGAAGCGCUGAGAACGGACUUCACGGAGCGCCGCUCCUUCUACGAGGGCCUCCACGGCGAUCUCGCACACGACGCGGUGGCGCUCUUCAUCUUCACGGCCUGCUGCUGCGCCCUCACCGCUUUUUACGUGCGCAACCGUAUCCGUGCCUCGCUGCACGAGAAGGAGGAGUAAGAGGGGGAAAAAAGAAAAGUCCAAUAUAUUUUACUCUAAAGUGACCAUUCAUUAAAAUAACUCCAAUGUAUUUGUCAAUGAAAGUUAUGAAUUUAUGAGAGUGAUUUUUGCAUUAUUUCCUCUGUAUGUGAUCUGCCAAACUCCAGUGAGCUAACAAAAUAUGUAAAAGUAAUUAAUGGUGUGGCUUUGUGACUUGCAAUGAAGACGAGGGAUUCUUGUAGUUUUGUCUGUAGCAAUGCAGGUAGUUCUUCAACAGGGCAACGAUUCCCCUCAUCUCGACUCUGCUCUUUAGAAGUCUGUUUUUAGUCAUCGUCUCAAAGAAUGUGGUUUUACUUCACAAGACAAAAAUACACUUUCUGUCAAGGUGAGCAGAAAAAUGAAGUUUCUUAAAAUGCCUUUUACCCAAAUGUUUUUACAACAAUCAGACUGUCAAAUUUUAGCAUUUCAAAUGAUGAUACGUGUAUUUGCAGUAUCUUUUACAAUUUACAAUCCCAUAACACUUUGUAUAUUUAAACCAGAUCAGUUCAGAUCCAAUUGAAAUUGCUGGUCUUAACAUCAAUUUCUGGCACCUUUUUAAUUCUGACCCUCUAUUCAAUGAUUUUUUGCCAUUUUUUAUUAUCAAGGCGCUAACACAUAUGUUUGAAGAUCUUUGGGGGAAGUUAAAAAAAACCUCAAUUUAAGAACCAAAUAUUGUACCUCUAUUUAAAAAAAGAAGGAUAUAUUUUUUGGUGAUAAUUCUGUUGAACUAUGUUGCAAAUGAGGCUGGCACUCAGUAUUGGUAAAGAGAUAAAUGGAAGAUUACUGAUGUUUAGACGGUGUUAAUCUUUUUUUUAUUCAAAGGGCUGAAACUUCAGCUCUUGCCUUUUCACACCCUCAUGAUGUCAAAAGCUUUUGCGCUCAUUGUUUUCGUUGUCGUUUGAUCCGUUUUGACACACAAAAGCCACCUGGCUGGUGUUCUGCUUUCGGUAUGUAUUUUGUUUUGUAUGAUGAAUAUGUUGUGCCUCUAUGCAUGUCUUUUGGUAUAUAGUGUGGAAAUUAAGUUUGUGAAUGUCUAUAAAAGCUUAGCCUUGCACAUGUUUCUUACCCUGUAAAUAAGCUGUAUUUCUCUCCACCUGAUGGCACUCCGAACCGAAUGCAUCUUUCCUCCUCGCGUGGAAUACACAACAUUCCUGUUAUGAUGCAUCUGUUCAGAGAGGGUUGUGUUCAGUGUCCAGCUACCUAUCAGUCUUCAAAUGACUAUGAAUACAGCAUUUCAUUCUGCUGCACUGUUACAUUGACGAGCCGUUUUUUUUUUCCUCUUAGUUUCACGACUUUUGUUAUGAAAAGUUCACACAGGUACGGAACACUGAUAUUGUCGCUUAGGUUUUUACCUCAAAAAACUCUUUAAAUGUCAGAAAUGAUCAAUCUCCAUUAGAGCACUCUGUUUAUGAUGGGGUUAAAUGUGCCAAUGAAUCUGUUAUUGCUUCAGUGAAGGUACUAAAAGAUGAAUUCAGAGACAGACUGUCAGAAGUGGAUGUAAUUGAUGUCUUGACUGCGAACACUUUACCUGUGAGAUUUAACCUUAACGCCCCUAAAAAAGGAAAAUGUUCACCUUGGCGUUACUGACCUGGUCUCAUCAUGCACUGCCUGAAAUCAACACUGUAAAUAUACUGUAGCUGGCAGCACUGGCUAUGUUUACAUGCAUGGAGGUAUCUGCUGUCAAUGUGGUUAUUCUGGUUUUGUGGGGAUUCUUGCAAAUGUCAGCAGAAUAACCUGGAGGAACAUGUUCCAGACGUCUCCCUGGUUGUAAAACAAAAUUGAGGCUUUCAUUUACAUGGCUAAAUUUGUUCAUGUAGUCAGAGGCUAAUGAAAUCCGAUUGGCGAGUUAAGCCCGCAAGCCUCUCAGGAGCCACGCCUAGAACAUGAGAUUAUAAUCCCGACCAGCAAAAGAACCCUCACUGCGGGUUCAGUUCUGUCCCCCCGUGUUGACGAUAACCAAAAGUGUUGAAUCAGGAAGUGGGCAGUGAUGUCUUCUUUGCUAAAUGAAAUGUUUGUCGUAACAUGACAAACAUGGAUUAUCUAGGUUGAAUGCUAAUUAAACCGGACUAGGAUUAGAACUGGCCUGGGGCCAGCACUCUUUAGCCAAGACGUGAAUUUGUGUGUAAACGUAGCCUUUGAUGCCACUCAAAGUUUCCCUUUUAUGAAAGCAGGUGAGAGGGUCCAGAACGUCUUCCGCCUCUAAAAAUAAAAUCGUGACUGACUGUACUAAUAUUCUGUUGUAUUUAAGAAAAUAAAGUGUUUCAGUAAUCAAA